AUGAUGAAAUGCUCCACACGUCCUCUGCUCUUUAUGUCCCUUAGUGUGGUGAGACUCAACUUCUUUCCCCUUGGGAUAUAUAGUGGGCCUAUAAAUGCUCAUGUACUCUUACCGAGUAAUAAUUUAGACGGUCGUUCAACACUUAACAUGAAGAAGAUUGAGGGUCAGACUAAAGACCCACAGAUGGUUCAGUCACGUGAUGAUCUUAAGUUGCGUUGUGAGAAUUGCCGCUUUGAAUGGAUACAUGAUACCCUUUGCGUUCGUUGUCCUGCACAGCCUGCGCAUAAUCAGCGUGAGAUGUGGCUACAACCAACUUGGAUGUGGGGAAAACAGCAACCGUAUCAGUACCACAAGUACUUACCAACAGUACGGAACCCUAGGACAGGUAUGCUGCUGGCUCGUGAGGAUGCGAUGGGCAUGAACAAUGAAAGACGUGGUCAAGGGUUAACCACAAAAACACUCAACAUUGAGAAGGAGAGACGAGGAAUAUCAAGAGCGGUAAGUAAGAUUGGGACGUUCAGCACUCGCUGGAAAACACGUUUCCCGUUCCCUGUAUAG